UAACAAAUGAUGGUUAAAUGCUCGGUUGGUAGCAAGGGGUCUCUCUCUCUCUCUAGUCUCGACUAAACCCUCUCCUAUCAUUCUUUUCCCUUCUCAUUCCUCUCCUCUCUUUAUAUAUAUACACACAAAGACGUAUACACAUUACACACCCUUAUAUAUAUAUAUAUAUAGAUAUAAUACAUAGUUUCAUUACUUAUCAAUCUUCCUAGCUCUAUGUUCUUCUUCUCUCUAUAUCGAUCACUUCCAUCACUUUCUACCUGUGAAAUGCCCCUCAUUUGGUGAAUCACCACCACCGAUGGCGGAACUGCCCAACUCAGAGACUGACUCAAGUAGCAACUCGUCCUCACCACCAUCUUCAUUAUCCGGACUACCUCAAUCCAACCAAAACUUAGCCGCCCCGAACCCAUCAUCACAGGAUCAGCCCAAAUCAACGGACCCAAGUCAGAACCGACCCAAAAGGAGCAGAGAGAGCAGCAGCAAACACCCAGUUUACAGAGGGGUCCGAAUGCGCACUUGGGGCAAAUGGGUAUCCGAAAUCCGCGAGCCCAGAAAGAAGUCUCGGAUCUGGCUCGGAACUUUCUCCACCCCGGAAAUGGCUGCCCGGGCCCACGACGUCGCCGCCUUAUCCAUCAAAGGUGACUCGGCGAUUCUCAACUUCCCGGAACUCACUGAGUUGCUGCCUCGUCCAGUCACGUGCUCCCCACGUGACGUCCAAGCCGCAGCCACUAAGGCGGCGUCAAUGGAUCAUCUCAAUCCUCCGUCCUCCUCCUCGUCAUCGUCAUCAUCGUCAUCUUUGACAUUGUCAACAUCGUCGUCGUCGGUGUCGUCGCUCGCGUCGGUGACGUCAGAAUUAUCCACGACGCCGGAGGAGCUGAGUGAGAUAGUUGAGUUACCGAGUCUAGGAACGAGUUACGACUCGCCCGAAUCACGGAACGAUUUUGUGUUUGUAGACUCGGUUGAUGGGUGGGUCUACCCUCCCCCGUGGAUGCACAGAGCGGAGGAUUGUGUUCAUUUUACCGAUCACAUGGCAAUGCUAGAGAGUACCACAUUGAGCGGUUUGGAGGACUACUUGUGGCAACACUAAUGCUGAGAAUGGUGUAUGCAUCUUUUUUUUCUUUUCUUCUUUAGCACCUUUUUUUUUUUUUUUUUUUUUUAAUUUUGAUUUUUAAUUGUAACCCUUUUUACCUUUUUAUUUGAGGGGCUAAAUUAAAUACC